AUGGCUACAACUGGCGCUUCUCUCCCCACUCGUGGUGGCUACGACCCCAAGGCCGCCUCCACCUUCACCGCACGCAAGGUCGGCGCUCCCCACACCCUCGAGCACCGCAUCUACGUCGAGAAGGACGGCGUGCCGUUGAGCCCCUUCCACGACAUCCCCCUCUAUGCCAAUGAGCAGCAGACCGUGCUGAACAUGAUUGUCGAGAUCCCGCGAUGGACCAAUGCCAAGCAAGAGAUCUCCAAAGACGAGCCGCUCAACCCCAUCAAGCAAGAUACGAAGAAAGGCAAGCUGCGCUUUGUGCGCAACUGCUUCCCCCACAAGGGCUAUCUGUGGAACUACGGCGCCUUCCCUCAGACCUGGGAAGAUCCCAACGUCACCCACCCCGAGACGAAGCAAAAGGGCGACAACGAUCCCCUCGAUGUUUGCGAGAUCGGCGAGCUCGUCGCCAAGCCGGGUGAGGUGAAGCAAGUCAAGGUGUUGGGCGUCAUGGCUCUGCUCGACGAGGGCGAGACGGACUGGAAGAUCAUUGUCAUCGAUGUCAACGACCCCCUUGCGCCGCGCUUGAACGACAUUGAGGAUGUGGAGAGGCAUCUCCCGGGUCUGCUGCGCGCGACCAACGAGUGGUUCCGCAUCUACAAGAUCCCGGACGGCAAGCCCGAGAACCAGUUUGCCUUCUCCGGCGAGUGCAAGAACAAAAAAUACGCCAUGGAGAUUGUGAGAGAGUGUGCCGAGGCGUGGGAGAAGUUGAUCACGGGCAAGACGAACCGUGGCGAGAUCUCGCUCACCAACGUCACCGUCCCGCACAGCGCAGAUCGCGUCGACGCCAGCUCGUUGAACAUUCCAAAGGGCGAGAACAAGGCGCCGGCUCCCAUCGACCCCAGCAUUGACAAGUGGUUCUACAUCUCUGGAGCGUCCGCAUAG